AUAUAAAGCGCGACCUGCGCUCCUGUCAUGCACGCGGCUGGAAGAAGAAACUGCUGAAGAGAUCAGCCGGACAGACAGACGGAGCCUUCAUGAUACUGCCCACAUCACACGCAUUUCCUCAACCGCACACCGCGCAACACCUAAAGGAAAUCCUCUUUUAUCGCCCUUCAUAGAAGCCCCCAGUGUCAUUUAGUGAGAGAUGCCGCCAAGGACCGGACUUUUGCUGCUCGCCGUGCUCAUCGCCUCCGCGUAUGAACUGGAUCUGAACGAAUCCUACUCGCCCAGGAGAGCACGCUUCUCCCACAACAGCCCCUCGGAUGUGGCACGCUGCCUGAACAGUGCACUCCAGGUGGGCUGCGGUGCCUUCGCCUGUCUUGAAAACUCAACGUGUGACACAGAUGGCAUGCAUGACAUCUGCAAGUCCUUUCUCUACAGUGCUGCUAAAUUCGACACUCAGGGAAAGGCUUUUGUGAAAGAAAGCUUGAAGUGCAUCGCCAAUGGCAUCACUUCCAAGAUCUUUCUAACAGUCAGACGGUGUUCCACCUUCCAGAGGAUGAUAUCGGAGGUUCAAGAGGAGUGUUACAGCAAGUUGGACAUUUGUAAAGUGGCCAAAUCAAACCCAGAAGCCAUUGCGGAGGUGGCUCAGCUACCCAGCCACUUUCCCAACAGGUUUUAUGGGAAACUACUGCAGAGUCUGAUGGAGUGUGACGAUGAGACAGUGGACCUGGUGAGGGCAAAUCUGUUGACCCGAUUAGGGCCCGAGAUCACCAUGCUCUUCCAGCUACUGCAGAACAAGCCGUGUCCGUCUGCUGCAGUUCCUACUGGAAUGGAGACUCGUGGUGGGUGGCGGUGGUCUGUCAGUCCCCAUGAAUACAAGCACCAGCCAAAUCUACGCAACAGAGAUGCCUCCAAUCUCUUUGGCAAGAAACGCAACAUUGGUGACAGCUCUUAACUUCAGACCAAUUUGCCAGUCCAAACUUAGCCAUCGAGCACACAUACACAAACGCAAAGUGAAAACACAUACACACACACCAAAAAAAAAGAAAAGAAAGCAAGACAAAACAGUGGUUUAUUUUCCAAGGCUAUACAGGGACACAUUCCUUCUCAACUGGAAAAAGGCAUGCACCAGUGCGAAAACAUCUCGAAUGUCAAAUUCUAUGUUUAUCAUUUCAUAUUCGAUGAAAAGCGUUUUGCGCAUUAUUUCGAGGGGAACUCGGCCCGGUUUACAGACCGAUCCGUGUGUCGUCGUGAAAUCUAGCGGGAGUCAUCCAGGCCAUAAUGUAGAGAGCUCUUAGACUUAUUUCCGUGAAAAUAUCUCUAGAAACGAAAGAAAAAUAA